AUGUCCGGAAGAUCAGGUCUUGACAGGUUUAAGAAGUCUCAAACUCCGGAACCCUUCUCGGUGUCUGCAAACCCUCCAGCUAAGCCAGUGGUUCAACACUUUUCCCCGGAGGCGGCCCCAUUGCCACCGGCGGCGCAAACUCAGAUUGGAGCGAGUCAGUCAAGUUGGCAUCCCCCAGAUUGGGCUAUUGAGCCUCGUGCCGGUGUCUACUCUCUGGAAGUUGUGAAAGACGGCCAGAUCAUUGAUCGGAUUCAUCUCGAUAGACGGAGACAUAUCUUCGGGAGGCAGCAGCAGACUUGUGAUUUCGUGCUCGAUCAUCAGUCUGUUUCCCGCCAGCACGCCGCCGUCGUUCCCCACAAGAACGGCAGCAUCUUUGUGAUUGACUUGGGAUCAGCUCAUGGUACAUUUGUUGCAAAUGAGAGAUUGACGAAAGAUACUCCUGUAGAGCUAGAAGUAGGACAGUCGUUACGAUUUGCUGCCUCCACAAGAAUCUACAUUCUGAGAAAGAACAGUGAGGCUCUAUUCACUCGCCCUCCUCCUCCAGCUGAGAUUAAGCUUCCUCCGCCUCCUGAUCCUUCUGACGAGGACGCCGUUGUUGCGUACAACACAUUGCUCAAUCGAUAUGGUUUAAGCAAUGGAGAAUCUGGUUCUGUGUUAGGCAAAAGGAAAGAGAAGGCUGGAUCAGAAGGUGGGUUGAGUAAGAAGAGGAUGAAGAAAGUACGAGUGAGCUUCAGGGAUCAACUAGGAGGAGAGCUUGCCGAGGUUGUUGGGAUGUCUGAUGGAGCAGACGUGGAGACAGAGCCUGGUCCGAUAGGUGUCAAAGAAGGGAGCCUUGUUGGGAAAUAUGAAUCAAUGGUGCAAGUGACACUGAUACCGAAAGGCAAAGGGAAAGCAGAGAAAGCUUUUACAGGAAACAGAGGUGUGACAGAUAGACUACAGGAAGCAAUGAAGAAGGUAAGAGGAGGUCCAAAAGGAGGGAUAUAUGAUGAUCUUUACGGUGGUGAUUCACUUGCCAAGGCCGUUGGUACUUCAUGGGCUUCUGUGAGUGAACCAGCAGCUAAAGACAAAGAAGAAACUAAACGCGGAGUGGUUGAUGAAAAAGAAGAGGAUGAUAACGACGAUCUGUUUGGUGACUAA